AUGAAAAGAUCAAGGUCAGUGUCUAAUAGUGAAAAUGACUAUGAGGUUAAGAUCAAUAAAAUUCCCGUUCAAGAUUUAAAGCACAAGUGCAAUAUUUGUGGCAAAGCAUAUGACAAUGGAAAAGCAUUGGGUGGUCACCGAAGAUCUCACUUUCUUAAGAAGAAAGCUAACCAUCAUUCACAAAAGGUGAAAACUCCUCUCUCAAUUAGGGUUAGGAAUAAUAGAGCUAAUUGUUUCAUCGAUGAUAAGUAUGAUGGAGAAGAAAUUGAUGAGAAAAAGAAGUUAAGUUGUUAUAUUUGUGAGAAGGAGUUUUGCACAAACAAUGCUUUGUAUGGUCAUAUGAGAUCUCAUCCCGAUAGGGUUUGUAAAGGAGUUAGUCCUCCUUCUUCCAACAAUUCUAAUUCGUCUACUCGGCAAAACAAAGAAGACGAAGAUGAUUAUUCUUUGCCGAGAUGGCAAAAGAGAGAUAAAAGAGGUAGAAAAUGUAUUGGUAGUGCUGAGGCGGCAUCUAAUCUUUUGCAUCUUCGAUCAGAUAAACAUUUUUCUAAUUUGUCUAGUGAUGAGUCAAAAACUCAUAAAUUACCGGUUUCUCAAUCUUAUCAUGAAAGAGAUUUUCACAUGUCUAAUGAUGAUGAAACUCCUAAAUUAUUGAUUCCUCGUCAUAAAGGAGAUAUUUAUAAGAGUGAGUCAUCUAUGAAUGAGAAUGAGAAUCAAAAGAAAAAGCUCGGGAUGAAAAAUAUUAAAAUCUUUAUAGGAUCUUCUUCGAAGAUUCGAAACAAAAAUAAUGAGAAUGAUGAUGAUGGUGAUGAAACUGACGAUAAGAAGUUAAAGAAAAGCAAAAGCUUAUCUCAACUUCAUGUGAAAGAAGAAGAAGUUAAUCAUUAUGAUGAACAAAAGAUAUUGGAUUUUGAUUUGAAUGAACCUUAUGUUUUGGAGGAUUAA